AUGCCGGCACUUUACGGUUCUCAGAGUGAGUCUCUGCUCAGCAUGAUUGCGCAUACGAAUGGGAGCAGGGCCGAGACAUUCAAGGAGUACACCGUUUGCCCACGUGCUGUUUAUUUGCAUAAAGCGAGUGAUGAGUACUACUCGCAGUUUGGUAAGGGUUCGAGCAGUACCAUUUCUUCCAGUACAGGGGAUGCCGGAAGCGGGCGCGGAGUAGAAACAUUGUCAAACUUACUGCUAGCUCCGUUUGAUGCAGUAGGAACGGCUUUCACAGGUGUUGCGGAGAGCAUCGGGAAGCAAUGCGGGAGUGUAAAACGUUGGGUGCGAACAGAAGUCCCGACAUUCUGGCAGAAUGCGGCUGUGGUGGGUACCGGUUUAGCGUGUGGGCAGAUGCUGGUAAUUGUUGGUGACGGGGUGAGGCAGUGGUGGCAAAGCAAGCUACAGCGUGCUAGGUUGCGGAGAGCCGAGGAAAGAGGAAAUACUUUGCCCGCAUAAAAAUUUUUACUGCAGUUAUGAAAGAUUCUUUGUUUCAUGCAUAAGAUUGCCUGAAGAUUGCUAGUUUGCCGCAAUUAUUCGGAGAGACUUCUGUCGUCAUGAUUUCCUAUGUGUGACUUAAUGCGCGGCAAGCAAAU